AUGACCUCGCGGCGCCUCUCGCUUUUCACCCUGGCUCGACGAUACGUGUUUGAAUUUGCUAUUAUCCGCACACAAUUCCUCCGAACAACCAGCCCCACCUGGUCAUUCCCGAGAGCAUUCUGCCAUUCGUCGAGGACCAUGGAGAGACCGGUUGAUCCCUCCAACCUGGUGCAAUUCCGCGGCACGGACUAUCAGGUCAUCAAGGAGGGCCGGGCGCAUAUCCUCAACCCUCCUGCGCAGGAAGCCGCCUCCAAGGCAACGAGGAGGGACCUCAAGGACGACGACGAGUCGCAAUCAGUUUUCUACAACCCGAUUCAGCAGUUCAACCGUGACUUGAGUGUUCUGGCUAUCCGUGCCUAUGGAGAGUCUCUGUUGGACUUAAAGAAACAGAAGUUCAAGAAGCGCACAUCGGGGAAGAAGCGGAAGCGCGAGGCGGAGACGGAGGACCAACCAUCCAAGUCGGCCGCGGAGGGCACCAAUGAAGCAAAGCUGGAGGUCAGCGACCAGACUGGCAAUGGACAGUCUGACUCCACGACAGAGCCUUCGUAUACCAUCCUGGAUGCCCUAUCUGCAACGGGUCUGCGCGCACUACGCUACGCCUCAGAGCUUCCCGUCUCUAGAGUCGUGGCCAAUGACUUGUCGGCCUCUGCAAUCAAGUCAAUGAAGACGAACAUUGAGUAUAAUGAGCUACAAGAUCGGAUUCAACCCAACCUCGGUGAUGCGCGUGCAUACAUGUACGGCCUAAACGCACUUCAAAAAUUCGACGUGAUCGACCUGGACCCUUACGGCACUGCAUCCCCGUUCAUCGACGCCGCCAUCCAGGGAGUCAGGGACGGCGGUCUACUCUGUGUCACUUGCACCGAUGCUGGUGUUUGGGCCUCGACUGGCUAUCCGGAAAAGGCAUUCUCUCUGUACGGGGGUGUGUCGAUCAAAGGCUCGCACUCCCACGAGGGCGGACUGCGACUGAUCCUGAACUCACUUGCCAUGUCGGCUGCCAAGUAUGGGCUUUCCAUUGAGCCUCUGCUUUCCUUGUCAAUUGACUUCUACGCGCGUGUGUUUGUCCGCGUAUACCGCUCUCCCGCGUUAGUCAAGUUCACUGCCGGCAACUCGAUGCUUGUUUACAACUGCGAUGCCGGAUGUGGUGCUUGGAGUACACAGCCCAUCGCCGCCACGAAGCAAAGGCUUGACAAGAAGGGAAACCCCUUCUAUCACUUUGGUCUGGCGCAGGGUCCUUCGGCUGGCCCGCACUGCGAGCACUGCGGCUUCAAAACUCAUCUCGCGGGCCCUAUGUGGGGAGGUCCGCUGCACAACCCUCACUACAUCCAGAAGAUCCUGGCUCUUCUUCCUACACUCGAUCCUGAGAUCUACCAGACCAUUCCUAGAAUCGAGGGCAUGUUAACCACCGCUAUGGAAGAAGACCUGGAUCUCACUCCUGUACCGACCAAAACCGGCAACCAGCAGCAGAACACCGAGGCUGAGACAGCGAAGACCCACGCCCAAGACUCUGAAUAUCCUGCCAUUGUUCCGCGUAUGGACCCUGCUGCUCGGGAUCCGUUCCCUUUUUACUUCACCCUCAGCGCUCUUUCUAAAGUCCUCCACUGCUCUACCAUCCCCAUCGAUGAGUUCCGCGGCGCCAUCCGCUCCUGUGGCUACCGUUCUACUCGGAGCCAUGCCAAACCGAACUCGAUCCGCACCGAUGCCCCCUGGAGCGUAAUCUGGGAGAUCAUGCGUGAAUGGGUUCGCCAGCACUCCCCCAUCAAGGAAAGCUCCCUGAAGCCCGGGACCCCCGGUGCCGCGAUAAUGGCCAAGAGCCGUGAUAACCUGCGCAAUGUGCAUGGCGGGGACCAGUGGCUGGCGCUGAUGAAGAGGGAUCUCCUCGAUGCCAUCGAGUCUGGGAAAGAUGUCAGUGACCUGGUUACCAAGGUGGAAGCCUCUCUGUACCGGUCCGGAUCACGUCAGGCAUCGAAGCUCGCAGCAGGCUCUUCGGACGAGGUGCUCCCCGAUGCUGAGCCCCAGCCUGCCGAUACCACGAAGAAACCCAUUGCGCGACCUUUUGAGCGGCCGCAUCCCAGCACCCUAGAAGUCAGGUUUGACGCAGCUUUGGGGCGCGAGGCAUCAGCGGCGCACACGAAGAAGCGUUUAGUGCGGUAUCAGAUCAACCCGCGUGCCAAUUGGGGCCCGCUCAAUCGUGCUGCCGUGGCCUCAAAAUGA